GUGAAAUAAAGUAUCGUUCCACAAGAUUGAAAUCACAUCACGUGAAGACGCCUCCAGGUCAGGUUUGCCCCACGCCAUGGUGCAUUCUACGCGAAAGUAUCCGUAAAAGGUGCAGCUGCUGUUUUGAUCCAGAAGUUCGGGCAGUCAAUUGAAUACCUCCAUACCUUAGCUGCGUACGUGAUAAUGGAUGUCUCAGCUCCCGCGCCGGCCCCUGUUGUACCCAUUUCCAACCCGAACCAAAAUGUAAGCCUUUCCUUACCAAGAUAAUUAUUGUUGGCUCAUUACACGGCACGUCAUUGACAUGAAGCCUUGGCUUGGUGCAGUUCUCGUGGGACUUCAAAACCCCAGCCCCUGUCACUGGACCGCCGUCCACGCUCCACGAAAGAAGAGACCAUGCCCAAUUUAUCCAAGAUCUCGUCAAAAAACUAGAACGUGCUAUUGAAAUAAGGGAGGUACAUAUAAAGAUGCUGGGCGAAGAAGUUGUCAACAAAUAUCGAAUCGGCCAUGUGCCGCAGGAGGUAUGGGCUGAACGUGAGAGGAAGUUGCAGGAGUGGAUCGACAUGGUCAACCAGACCGACGACGACGACAACGACGAUGACGACGACGACGACGACGACGACGAAGACGACGACGAAGACGAUGGUAAGUGGAGCCCGUGGGACACGGUAGACCCGACCCCAUCGGGACAACGAGAUCAACAAGCGCACAUGACGCCAACACCGUCCCCGUUGUCGGACAUUCGUGCGCCUAAACCCCCGGCGAGCAGGAGACGCGGCCGGGAUCCCAGCGCCGACGACGAGGAGGAACAAGAGCGACCCGCCAAGAUUUGCAACACCACUGCCGCCAUCACCGCCGCCACCACUCUAGAGCCAAGUCAGCGGGCCGUCGCUGGGGCCGGGCCGCGGCGAUCGGCUCGUCUAGCUGCUCGCCCCGAACCACGACGGUCGGCUCGCCUGGCUGCUCACUCAGCCCUUGCCCCUCCUGGCAAAGCUGUGCGCUCAGCUGCUCGCCCAAACCGGAAGAAACCUGCUCGCGCACCUACUCGCUCGUUGGUCGGCGCAAGGAGAUGACGGCUAUUCUUCAUUGUCUUCCUGGCAGGCACACUACGCCAUGGCGCACACAAGCACAC